AUGGACAAACCACCCCAACGUACACCAAUGAUGGACAAACCACCCCAACAUACAUCAUUGAUGGACAGACAACCCCCAACGUACACCAAUGAUGGGCAAACCACCCAAACGUACACCAAUGAUGGACAAACUACCCCAUCAUACACCAAUGAUGGACAAACCACCCCAACGUACACCAAUGAUAGGCAAACCACCAAAACGUACACCAAUGACGGACAAACCACCCCAACGUACACAAUGAUUGACGAACCAACCAAACGUACACGAAUGAUGGACGAACCAACCCAACGUAUACCAAUGAUUGACAAACAACCCCAACGUACACCAAUGAUGGAGAAACUACCCCAACGUACACCAAUGAUGGGCAAACCACCCAAACGUACACGAAUGAUGGACAAACUACCCCAUCAUACACCAACGAUGGACAAACCACCCCAACGUACACCAAUGAUAGGCAAACCACCAAAGCGUACACCAAUGACGGACAAACCACCCUAA